CUCAACGGGACUCACUCACAACCAACCGUAGCCCCGGGUCCACACUGCUGCUCCUAGCCCUGGAAGACCUGUUCCUCUCAAACGCCUGCUUCUAAAGCGGAACGUUUUGGCUGGGAGAGCGAGACACCUCAGUGCUUAUCGACAAUCUGUCCCCUGUUUCUGAACAAGAAGGCAGCAUGCCAGUGUUCAUCCUGCUCAGGUCUCUGGUCGUGCGGCUCCUCAGUAGCAAGCUCGCGGGCUCCCUGGUCCAGUUCCUCCGCCGGACCCUGGCCACCGGCGCCUCCCACAUCGCCGCGGCCCUGCGACACGUCUGGGACCGGCUUCGAUCGCAGGAGUCCAAGGAGGCCAUCCUCGGCUGCGUGCUGUGCAUUCUCAACAUGCACAAGAAGGUGGAGACCUGAGC